GUUCCCAGACAAAAUCCACUAACGCGUCAAUGGGAUCUGAAAAACAGCGAUUAGUCAUCGAGAGGAUCGUCGAGGGAGAACCGACCAUGAAGCGAUCCGUUCUUCUGAUCCUGCUGAGCCUGGCGAUGAGCUGGGCUCAACUGCAGAACGCGACCAUCUACGACCUGCCCAAUUUCGACGAGGGCGGGGCUUGGAGUUCGAGGAUCGGGUAUUGCCCGGACUUCAGGGAUUGCGAUCCCUUCAUCGGGGACAAUACGGUCUCCAGCACUUGCGUCGUCGGCAUCUGGCUCUUCUACUCGGAAUACUUCUACAACUACGAGAACUUCGGCGGCGUCGAGUGGGUCCACGGCACUAACUACUGCACGAACCUGGGGGCUCUCAGCAACCAAGUCUCAUCGCUCAAGUAUGUCGGACAUCCGUACAACUGGAAGAUCGACACGAUCACGCUCUACGAAUUCGACCUGUUCUUCGGACUGGAAUACCACGAGUGGGUGGACGCGACGGAGGUUCCCGAGCAGCUGAGCGGCGUGGGGUCCGUCAUCAUCACGGGGGAAAACAAUUGGACGGUCUACUCACUGCCGAACUACGACGGCGACCGAGUCUGCCUCGGGGUCGACCAGGGCCAAUACGUGGGCUUCGCGCCGGACCUGACCGCCUUCGGGGUCGGCACGGUCGGGUCGUUCCGGCGGGGGUGCUUCUCCGACAGAAACCUGCAGGAUAUCGAGAGGAACGGCGAGAGAAACAUGAAGCGAUCCGUCUUGCUGCUCGCGUUGAGCCUAGCGAUGAGCUGGGCUCAACAGCAGGUUGCGCUCAUCUACGAUUGGCUAGAGGGCGACGAGGGCGGAGCUUGGAGUGAGAGGAAUUCGUAUUGCCAGGACUUCCGGAGUUGCGACCGAUACAUCGGGGACAACGUGAUCUCCAGCACUUGCAUCACCGGCGUUUGGAUUUUCUACGGCGAAUCUAACUACAACAGUCAGAGUUCCGGCGUUGUGGAGUACAACGCUGGCGAUUAUUACUGCUGGAACUUGGGGAUCGCAAACAACCAAGUGUCGUCCUUGAGGUAUGCAGGAGAUACAUUCGCCUGGAAGGACCCUUCCCUGAAUUUGUAUCAGUUUGAAUAUUUCUGCGGGAUGGAGUUUUUCGAGACACAGGACACGCCUCAGUUGCCUGUCGAAAUGGACACCGUGGAUUCCUUCAUCAUCACCGGUCGAGAAUACUGGACUCUCUACUCCGUGUUCAAUAUUCCCACGGUGAAAUCCUUCCGGCGAGGAUGCUUCGCCGAGAGGAAGAUCCUUCUCAGGUCUGACCAGCGCGGCGUGGAAAUCAGCGCCAGAAAUUAA